AUAUUUCAGCAAGUAUGCCGAACACGAGCAUCUAAACGAGUUCACCACAUCGCUAAUCUGACCACAGCUCUGACAGUUCUGCGACGGAGAGGUCUUGAAUUGGUGAACAAUAAUGCUAGUGACAUCGCUGAUGGCAACCCUCGUAUUGUCUUGGGGCUCAUAUGGCAAAUCAUUCUUCACUUUCAGAUUGAAAGCAAUAUGGCCUUGCUACGAGAGUGGGGCUGGGGCUCCACGAGUGUGCAAUAUUCGCGAGAAUCCACUCCUGUACGGUCCUCAUCGCCGAUGAAGAGUCGGCUAACUUCAUUCCUUUCUUCGGGUCCAUCAACCUCCACUGAAAGUCCGAAAGUUUCUGUGAAACAAAUGAAAGGUUCAGUCGAACAGGUUAUGCUGAGAUGGAUCAACUCAGAAAUUGCUCAGAACUUAAACAUGCAUGUUGAAAACAUGGAUCGUGAUUGGAAAGAUGGUGUUCUUUUCAAUGCAUUAGUACAUAGAUGGAAACCAGAAGUGGUAGAUAUGGAAAAAGUGCGGGCGACUGAACCGCGUGAAAAUCUGGAAAACGCCUUCGAGCUGGCACACAAACAUUUGGGUAUCAAUAAGCUAUUGGAGAUCGAUGACGUGUUGUGUGCGAAGCCAGAUAAGCGCUCCAUCAUCACGUAUGUGUCGCAGUUUGUCCGCACAUAUGGUAGGCCAGCUCCUGUCGAGGAACCCAAUCUACAUACAGAGUUUCUGGAGUGGCUUGCCUUCACAAGCAAAUUGGAUCUCAAAAAUAAUGAACAAGGGAUGUAUUUCCGUGUGCGCCGAGAGUUCAUUGAAUAUCGCAGCCUGUACAACACUAUAAUGGCAACAAAACUGAAUUACACUAUUGAGGAAUUAGCCUUAAUCCAAGAAAGAUGGGAAACCAUACGGAACAACCUCGAAGCGACUGCAGUGAACGCAGAAAAGCGACUGCCAAAACCUUAUUCGUCACUUUCCGUUUGGACAGCAACCGGUCAAUCACUCAUUAACGCUCCACUGAACUUGCCAGUGGAGAAUCCACAAAAAUGUCUAGUUAUAUUACAAAAAAUGAUCUCAGAACAUAACCGUCACUUUAUCGACAUGGCUGCUAAGAUGGAGGAACUGAAUACUGCCGUAAAUUCCGGAGGCCUGGGCGGUCGUCCAGUUGCUGCGGAAUAUGUGGAACCGUUGCGAGUCCGAAUGGCAACGUUAGCCGAUGAGGCCCCGCUAAAGCUGGCCACUCUAAAAAUACUAUACGCGCACUACACAGUUCUCGCAUAUCUUUAUGAAUUGGAGAGUAAGAUGAGGUUGUGGAGCUCUGCUGAAAGUCUUCAACUUUUGAAUCGAUGGAUCAUGGAAUAUACUCAUACGGAGAAAGAAAACCCCCGAUUGAAAACCUCUCGCUAUAUAGAAGAUCUCAAACAGAUGCACAAAACUGGAUGGCGACAGCAUGGUGAGAUCUUGUAG